AUGACCUCCACUCCGUCGAUCCAAAACCGUGUAGUCCUUCUCCAGAAGGUAGAAGGCAUGCAGAACCUUAGGGCAGAAUUGCAGAUUCGCCUGAUUCCUGAAGUGACUCCCGGAAGUGUCGUGAUCCGCGUGCUGGCUGCCACUGUCAGAGCUAAAUCGCCGAGAAUCUAUCGGGACCCAAAGAGUGGAUAUCCACUGCCUUUCCCACUCGUCCCAGGGCAUACCGCUAUUGGAAGGGUGUCUAAGAUUCCUUCAGAUGUCACCAUUCUAAAAGAAGGCCAGCUUGUUUUCUUUGAUCCUUACAUUCAAGCACGCGAUGGGGGUGGGUUUUAUAUUUCCGCCAUGAUGGAGGGUUUUACUCCUGAAAGCUUCAAACUGUCGCGCGGAGAUUGGCGGGAUGGAAUAUAUGCAGACUACGCCAAGCUACCGAUCGAGAACUGUCAUGUUCUUGACGAAAGCCGCUUAUUGGGGCAUGAAAGCCAGAGUGGGUUGGGCUAUACUCUACUGGACUUAACACAUUUGUUUAGCAUGCUUCCAGGAGAUUCCAUACUCAUCGCCCCAGCGACUGGUCGACACGGGUCAGCUGCGGUACACCUCGCCUCAGCAUUGGGUGCACGGGUUGUGGCUAUUGGCCGCAACCACAACAAUCUCUCAAAGCUUGCCGCAAUGAAUCCACGCAUCUCGUUCGCGACCAUUACCGGGGAUACUGCAAGGGACGCCGACACUAUACGCAGAGCGUGUGGAGGUCUAGCUGACGCAUUCUGGGACAUGUCACCGGCCGGGGCUGCCUCCUCAACUCACUUUAAGAGCUGCCUUGAGGCACUCAGGAUCGGAGCGCGUGUUAGUCUCAGUGGCGGCGCCCCGCUUGAUGUGAACUUCAGCUACGUUGACAUUCUCUUCCGCGCGCUUACUGUCAAAGGCACGAUGAUGAGUACUCCAGAACAAACGAGGCGACUCAUCAAACUUGUGGAAAGCGGCAUCCUGCCACUUGGGAAUAGAGCUGGCAUGGGCCCAGUCAGAGCGUUUGCGUUGGAAGCUUGGGAAGAUGCUUGGAAUGCUGCAGAUCAGAGGAGAGAACCCGGAGAAAUCGUCAUUACCCCUCAAGUACCGAAAUAA